UAUUCUUCAUUUUUCUACAGGCCAGGUUGGACCGGUCCCACAACCUUGGUCUUCCAUAAAGUCUGUGAAGCAGGUGGUUUAAGGAGCCACACCCACGAUUCCCAUAACAGUUUCUCAUUUCUCAGGACACAAGAGGAAGCCAGGCCGUUUUAAGAGAUGUCACUAUUCAAGCUGGACCUACACAACCACAUCCUGCCAGAGACAUGGCCUGACCUGAAGGAACGCUAUGGCUAUGGUGGCUUCAUCCAACUUGACCACGCAUCACAGUGUACACCAGGGAAGGCAAAUAUGAUGAAGGACGGUCAACUGUUUCGUGUGAUUGAGGACAACUGCUGGAGUGCCGCCGCCCGUAUCAGGGACAUGGAUAACACUGGGGUCACCGUUCAAGCUCUCUCGACUGUGCCUGUCAUGUUUAGUUACUGGGCUAAACCUGAUCACACAUUAGAUUUAAGUAGGUUGCUGAACGAUGAUCUUGCUAAAACAGUGAAGCAACAUCCACAAAGAUUCGUGGGACUUGGCACUAUACCUGCCCAGGCCCCAGAGCUUGCUGUUGAAGAACUCAAACGACUUAAGGCAGACCUUCACUUCCCAGGCAUCCAGAUUGGCUCACACAUCAAUGAAUGGAAUUUAGAUGCUAAAGAACUGUAUCCUAUAUGGAAGACUUGUGAAGACUUAGGCUUGUCAGUGUUUGUACACCCAUGGGACAUGCAGAUGGGUGGGCGAUACAGCAAGUACUGGUUACCUUGGCUGGUGGGGAUGCCGGCAGAGACUGCCACUGCUAUAUGUUGCAUGCUAAUGGGCAAUGUAUUUGAACAGUUUCCCAGGCUGAAGGUGUGCUUUGCUCAUGGAGGAGGAUCCUUCCCCUACACGGUGGGUCGUAUUCAACAUGGAUACAACGUGCGACCUGACCUCUGUGCUACAGAAUGUAACACACCUCCUCGCUCCUACCUGGGCAAGUUUUGGUGUGACAGUCUUGUGCACGAUGCUGAUGCCCUGAGGCUUCUUCUGAAGGUUAUAGGAGAACGCCGCGUCAUCCUGGGCUCAGACUACCCCUUCCCCCUCGGUGAGCUUCAUCCUGGGAAGCUAAUUGAAUCUUCAGAUCUUCCAGAUUCCCUCAAGAAACAAAUUCUUUUUGACAAUGCCCUUGACUUCCUUAAUCUAAAGGCAUCACAGUUUACCAAUUAAAUAGUGGAGAGGUUCUCAAAAUACAUAAAAACCUCAAAUAUACUACAGUACAGUACAGUACAUCUUAAUGUAAGGUUUUAUAAUCUGCAUCACUCACUUUGUCCCCUUUGUUAUAAAAUGGUGCUUCCUAUGUUAACCCUUUAUUAAUAAUGUGUGGGCCAUUCACUGAAUGACCUGACCUGUGAGAUGCUAUACCAGCAAGGCACGGGAUGACAGUCAUUUGUUAAUAAUGCUGCCUUGUUCACCCCAAUGUAAUGACCUGAACUUUCACUUUACAUUUUGUCUCUAUAAGUAAUUUUCAGUUUAAUUGUUAUUAAAGUAAGUUUUUAUUGUUUUCAAAUGUUUAAAUAAAAAGUUGCCAGAAAA